CCUGAAGCCGUGUGCGCUCAGGAAUGACAGGCAUUCCUGCUUGAAGCGAGCUGGCACGGGAGCUUAUUUAUGAGAAUCACAAGUGCCCGGGCCUGGGGUACAGGAAGAACAGGAGCUACGGUGGAUCGAGUGACACCCAUGCCAUUUCCUGAGUCCUGGCAGUCUCUGCGAUCGUGCCGGGCUGGAUAUUGCCCCAGCCCGACUCAUGGAUUUAUCACUUUAAAAGACUGUAGUACUUGCACCGGGCAGGCUGCUUUUUAGAGAGCUUCCAAAAAAAAAAAAGUCUAAUCUAAUCAUGGGGCAGACGCUCUACUCGAGACCAGUAAGUCCAACUGCAUUCGCUGAGGAAGUGGAUCAUCCGUCGGUUGAUGCCGGGAUGGGGGUAGACGUGCUGGAGUCUGGAGAUGCUACACCCCCCACGAAGAGGAAAAGCAAGUUCUCGGGCUUUGGCAAGAUCUUUAAGCCUUGGAAGUGGAGGAAAAAGAAAAGCAGCGACAAGUUUAAGGAGACCUCCGAAGUUUUAGAACGAAAGAUUUCUAUGCGAAAGCCGAGAGAGGAGCUGGUUAAAAGAGGGGUUCUCUUGGAAGACCCUGAGCAGGAUGGUGAGGAGCCCGACAAGCUCGGUCACACGGCACUGAAGAAUGGGCACACGGUCCCCAUUAGUGGCUCUGGGAUGUCUGACCUCGACCACUUGGAAGAAGAGGUUGCAAAGAGGACAACCCUCAAGAAGCCUGUUCCAGCUGAGGAGCCAAAGAAAAGGCCAGGCUCGUCCGGUAGCCAGCCCAGCUCAGAAGUGGAGCUGCCUCAGGAGCCACAUGUACCCAAACAGCCUUUGCUUCCUCCAAAAAGACCUUUGUCCUCUUCCCAGGAGGCAAAUGAUCUGCAGGCGAGGGAUGCGGCCCCUGCCAGCAGCACUACAAGAACUGCAUCCUCCACUGCUACUGCUGCCACCAGCAUAGCAAAGACAGCCCCUACCCCAGCCCCCAGGACUGCGAUAUCUGCUCUUGCCAACACUAAUGCGACUGUUACCGCAAGUGCCAGCAGCGGAGCACCUGCUAAACAGCCCCCCAUCCCUCCCCCCAAGCCAGUCAACAGGAAUAGCAAUCCCUUAAUAGCGGAGCUGUCUCAAGCCAUGAGCAGCGGUACAGUCCUCUUGAAGCCUUCCCCGCCUUUGCCGCCCAAGAGAGGCCUCCCGCCUCACGCGUCCUCCGAGCCGAUGGCUGCACUGAAACCACCCAGCGACAGGAUCGCCACUGCCAAUCGCCCCGUAUCGAUCCCAGUGCAUGUGGCCCCGUCUCACCCGCCGCCCUCGCCUUCGCCGCCGUUGCCUACUCACAUACCUCCUGAGCCUCCCCGCCUGCCCCUGCCCGUGUCCAGCCCCGCAGCCGAGCCCCCGCUCUCCCUGGAAGUGCCCAAGGAGACCUCUCUGCAAGACGAUCUCAGGUUACUGGAAGUGUCCAAGAGGACACCGGAGCAAGGGUUCAGGGAACCGUACGUGCCUGUGCGGGUGUCCCAGGUGCCCCUGCACAUCCGGAUCCAGCAGGCUCUGGCAAGCCCCCUGCCCGCUACCCCACCUGCCGAGGGAUCGCACAGGGCUCACUCGCUGCUCUUCGAGAACGACAGCUUUAGCGAAGACAACGGCACCUUGGGCCGGACCAGGUCACUGCCGGUCACCAUUGAGAUGCUGAAAGUUCCAGACGAGGAAGAGGACCCGGAUGAACGGCGUCCAGCUCCUUGCGUGUACAUUGGAGAGGUGCCGUCGGUCACGAUCAUUCCUAAGCUUGUGCCACAGCCCCUGCAGGAGGAAGAGGAGAUGGAGGAGGGCAUGAGCGAUUCAGACUCGGAAGGACCCAUCCUGUAUAAGGACGAGGAGGAGGACGAAGAGGAAGAUGAGAGCCUCAAGAGCACGCUAGCCAGCAAGGUGAAGAGGAAAGACACACUGGCCAUGAAGCUGGGGAUCAUGGCUACCCAGCAGGAGCAGGAGGCAAAAAACAGCUUCCCACGUAAGAGCAAGGAGGAAUGGAAUGAAAUUCGGCACCAGAUUGGAACAACGCUGAUCAGGCGACUGAGUCAGAGACCGACAGCUGAAGAGCUGGAGCAAAGGAACAUACUUCAGCAGAAAAAUGAGGCUGACCGUCAAGCUGAGAAGCGAGAGAUAAAACGCCGGCUCACCAGAAAGCUUAGUCAGAGGCCCACGGUGGCUGAACUGCAAGCCAGGAAGAUCCUGAGAUUUAAUGAAUAUGUAGAAGUGACGGAUGCUCAGGACUACGACCGGCGAGCAGAUAAACCGUGGACCAAACUAACACCUGCUGACAAGGCUGCCAUUCGCAAGGAGCUGAACGAGUUUAAAAGCUCCGAGAUGGAGGUCCACGAAGAAAGCAAACAGUUCACCCGGUACCACCGGCCAUAAUCCUUGGAAAGAGAGAGAGGAGUUUAAGUGCUUGCUAUUCCCAACUCCUGAGCAAUACAGUGAGGGUGCAACCUUGAGGCUCAUUCAAGAUUUGCCUUCAGAAAAAGAAAAAAAAAAAUCCCGAAAAGGGCUGUAGCCCAGCUGGGGCGGAAGGGGAUCCUGUCUGAAUGUAGCAUUUCACUGGAACAAAUGCAUCUCAAGUGCCAUCAGGCCAGAACUGAACACUAUACCUCGCACGAUACAGCAAUACUCAAUACUCCCCUUGUCAUCCCAACAUCCUAGCUCACCUUCCAGGGGACCACAGCAGCAUUUGAACGAGCAAAGCCUGCUCCUGGCCCCCAGCUCCCUUCGCUGCUUAAAAUGGACCACGUUCUCUGCUGUAAAUAGUCCUUAUGAACUAGCUGGAACAAUUUUUUUUUUUUCCUUUUCCCUUUUGGAAAAUGGAGGGGGGAAAACGUAUCAUAUGCUCUGAUGCUCAAGAGCGGAUGCAUCCAGAGCUGGUGAGCUGGGAAGCACGUGUGUAUAUUAGCUGUGUACAAAGGAAACCUUUUAAAAAAAUGCUGACCUGGCAGGAAACUGACAUGUGACUCUUAUUUUUGGGGUUUGCUUGCAUCUCUUUAAUGUACCUACUACUCUGAAUCACUACUGACCAAUGGUAUGUUGUCUGGGAAGGGAAUUGUACAGACCUUAAUAACACACAUGCUACAUCCUUAAAACGUCAUGUUUAUUUGACCAAACCUGUCGCCCUCCCCUCAAACUUGCUCCUACGUUAACAGAACUGGUCUUGAGACGACGAGGUUUGGAUAAUGGGAACUGCAGAACCAGGAAAUGACUGUUGCCUUUUAAAAGUUUUUGCUUUUAAUUUGAGGAAGCUGUGGUGUGUGAUGCUCUUUGACUGCAGCUUUCUCUUUCUGUCUCCAAAAUCAGGGUGAAACUUUGCCUUUGCCUAAUCUCACAGCAAAACCUACUGGAAGUUUUGAGAAUUUCACUGUGGUGGGGGGGAGGACUUUCAAAAAGUGACCUUAAAACAGUCCGUCUUUCUCUCUGAAGAGUGUUUUCAGUUUUUUGGGUUUUUUUUUUUUUUUUUUUUUUAACUGAAAGUGUUUUUAAAUGCUGGCAUAAGCCAUGGCUGUGGUGGUGUGUGCUGCACAGCACUUGUCCUUUGAGUAUAAAAUGUCACCUGGGAUGAGGGGAAGAUAGAGGGAGACGGUCAUGAAGAAUCGGGGGGAUGUGAGUUCAUGGGGGCGGUCAUUCUGCAUCGUUUGAUCACGGACUGGUCUGGUUUGUUGCUUGUUCACUCUGUCUUGCUUGUAGCCUGUGCCGGUUAGCAGUCGGCGCUAGCUUGCAUGAGGUCUCUGCUCACUGCAACCUAUAUAUGCCUGCCUAGUGUCAGAGGCCUUUUCACACUCAGUACUGCCCUUGCUUCCACAAUGUGCCAAGUACCUGCUAGGCCAGGCUCUGGCAUCCUGUCCUCUGGGGUGGAACAGUGCACCUUCAUCUGCCUUCACACCACAGAGCAUGGGUCAUGAUUUGUUUCAUCUCAGUCACUCGAGAGCAAGGGUUCACUGAGGAUACCUACUCCUUUCUUCAGGGUUCACUCAUCCCCGCCUCCAACCAGUGGUUCACAAGCAAAAGGCAGAGAGUGAUGUUCCCUUUUAUGGAAGACGAGAUGAAGCUGGUGCAUCGUACUUCUGUACGGCUUCCCUGAUGUAUAGAAUGUGUCGGACUGAAUCAUUGCAUUGUAUAUCUGUCUUCCUGUCAACAAAUUUUAAUAAUUAAAUAAAAGUAUUUUAGGACUUUUUAAA